AUGAAAUCCCUCCUCGCUCUGUGCCGCGCCAAUUCCCACAGACGCCAGACCCCCGUGUCACAAUCUCAGCGAACGCCGUUCCUCUUCGGUUCACGCUUCUGGUUCCCUCUCCCGGUUCAUACCUACGCGAUCCUUGUCCUCGAGUUCCUUCCCUUCUCAGCCUUCCGCCAGAGAAUGGAUGAUUCCGCCGACCCUUGUUGGAGCUGGCCUUACUGGAAGUUCGGCUUGAAGAGGGACGACCUCUUCGGCACGCUCCACGAUCAGUACAACACAGUCCCUUCUCCAAUUCUCGACCCCGAGGCUUUUCACCACGAUGUCUAUGAGAUCUCGCAGCAAGCCGGCACGACCGACGAGUUUCAUCGCCUUCUGCAGGAGCGGAAGGAACAGCGCCUCCGCGAGCUGAACGAAACGCUCGAGUCUGCCGCGUUCGAGAUCAUCGCGAACCCCACCCUCAUUGGUACUGAGCAGUGGCAGCACGCAGUGCAGCUCUUCCGGACCAGGUCUCUCGAUUCCCUUCUUCGUUACUUCGCAUCCUACCUACCCUCCGAUCACCCGUGGUACAAGUCGACGGAUUCUGCGACAACUUCCGAUGCGGGCAGCAGCGUUGGCUCUCUCACAGAGUCUCAUGGCUCCCUGUUUGACGACGAUGAGUCCAUCAUGACAGAAGAGCCUUCCGAGUACCUGAGCUACCCCAAGCAGCUCCUACCUCCCUCUCCCCGGUCGAUGACCAUGUGCUCGGACUCUUCAGUCGCUUCACCGAUCGACGAGGACGUCCAUCACCACUUCGACGAUUUCGGCACCGCAACACCCGCUCGUACGCUGUCGUUUUCAGAAUCCGAGCCCGAUUGUUGUGCCAUGCCGCAUUCAAACGGAUGUUGUGGCUGCGAGGACAUCUCGCGCUCUACGGAUUCACAACCGGCUGUCGCCCCAACCUCCGGCACCUAUGCUGGCGGUGUUGACCACUCGGGCUCUGCAACUACACGGGUCGAAUCUCGGCCUAAGAAUGCGACGCACCUUUAUUUAACCUCGAGUAGCACAGACUUCGACACACCCACACCAAGGCCUGAGGCAUACUCUACGUCUUUCUUCGACGACACAAAAGACACCGCACCGGCAACUCCCCACCGACGGUGCCGCAGUCUCUCGCCAUCCCGUCCACAGCCGCUUUCCGAACGCGAGGUCGGGCAGCUGCUCAUUGCCCACCGCGAUCCCCGCAACCCACAGCGUUCGAGAUGCAUCCGGAAGGAAAGGGAAAGCAGUCCGGCGGUGGAGAGGACGCGGAGGAGUCCCGUGGAUUCAACAAAAACAAUACCCAAAAAAAUACAAAAGCCACUGCCCGAGGCGACUCGGUUGAGAACCAGGAGUCGCAGAGGUUUUGUCGACAGCUAG